AUGAAAGGAAUUCCAUAUGAAUAAGCAAGUGAAAGAAAAGAGUUUGUUUUCGAAUUAUAUGAUACAAAUAGAUACAUAUUGAGUAAAUAUUUUGAAUAAAUAAGAUUAGCGUUUCAUCAAUUUACAUUUGUUUCAAAUAGACAUUAAAUGAGUGAGAAUAUUAAUUGA